GUCUAACCAACUUUGGUCACACCAAGCGGAUCGAAAUUUAAAACCGCUUUAUCGAAAAGGUAAACUCGUCCUAAAUGGCUGUUUCCGCGGAAAUCGAACGGCUGCUAGACCAGGGCAACUAUCUGAUGCCCGACCUCAACAUGUCGCAGAGCGACUUGGCCAAUCCCACCGAGCCCAUUGUCACCAAGAUCAUGGUGCACUACCUGCGCUGUUUCGCUUUCCGCGUCGAGCCGCCCUAUAAGAUUGGCUCUGAACUCGCCCAGUCGUCGCGGGAGGCGCGCGUCUUCCUCAUCCGGGUGUGCCGCCAAGUGGAGCGCAUCAUCCAGAUCUCCUUCCCCAACAAGACGUACACCUAUGUGGAUAUAAUCAAACCAGCUGUUAAGAAGACUCUGGCCACCCUGAGCUACCUCUUCAACUACCUGGCCUACUACAAGAUGUUCAAGAAGAGCGUGCUGGGUCCCGUGGAAGAGGCCAUCAUGCUGAAGGACUCGCUAGCGGCCGAGCUGAAAGCCAAGAGCCAGCAGUUGGAGCAGCGCAAGCUGAAGACGAAGGAGUGCGAGGCGGCCAUCGGCCAGCUUAAGAAUGAGCUGCAGGACACUCAAGCAAAGCUGCUGCCGCUGAAAAAGUCCUGCAGCGAGCAGGCCAGUGCCCUGGAGCUCAUCGAGCAGCAGCAGAACGAGCUGGACAUGCGCAUCACUCACUGGGAGCAGCUGGUGGUGAAGGAUGGUCAAGUGGCCGAACUGCAAAAGAACAUCAAGAGCGCCAACUCGCACGUCGAGAGCUGCAAAGCGGAGCUGGCCAGCAAGAAGCAGGUGAUCAACGAACACCGCCGGGUGAUCGAGGCGAGCCAGCAGGCAGUCACGGCUCUGGAGGAGGCCACGGCUGUACUGCCGCUCACCAAACUGGAGGAGUACAAGAAGAGCUCCAAGGAUCUGGAGGCGGCGGAGGAGAAGCGCGCCGCCCUGGAGGCCAACUACCAGAAGCGUUGCCAGGACCUGGAGGCCAGGAAGCAAGAACUCUCCCUCACCGAGCAGCAGUGCGAGGCCGCUAAGCACAGACACGAGGCGGAGCAUCAAAAGCAGCAGCAGGAACUGGAAAAGCUAAAGGUCGAUCUUGAGGAGCGCAAGAAGCAGAUAAAGCUCCUGAACAGCAGCAUCGUCGAGCUGGAGCAGCAAAAUGUGGAAAAAGAGCAGCUGCACGCCAUCUUGAUGGAGCAGCUCACAGAGAUUUUCGGCGAAAACUGGCAGUUGAAUUCCACUUAAUAUACUGAUUUUAUUCUAUAAACUGCAAACAG